AUGACUGAAUCUGCUAGUUCUAGUGAUGUUGAUAUGGAGAAAAAUCAGUUUAGUCAUUCAAGUGUUAAAACAACAGCUUUAUCAACAUCCCAGGUCAAACAAGCACGGUCGUAAACGACCGUAUACGGAGAAAUACGACGAUUUACACGGUCAUGUAUUACGAUCGUAUAUCUCCGUGCCGUAUACGGAGAAAUAUGGUGAUAUACGGAGAAAAAUACGAUCGUAAACUGAGAUCGUAUACGGA